CUAUCGGUCUAUCUUGAUUUUCCCAAAGGUCCCUGCCAACCAGUUGCCAGUCUCAACCUGUGAUAAACCAUUGGAAGAAUAACAGACGACUAAGGUGCAUCUUCUUCCGCGAAUGCCAGAAGAUCACUUGGGAGGUGCUGAAGCACAUCUCCCACCGCCCGAUCACCCUGUGGACUGCCCCACCUCAACAUCGACGAGCCCUUCGGAGGGAUUUCGCCUCGCAAGCGUAUCGGGCCGUGCGAGCUGAGCUUGACGAAGGGGGAGCUGGAGCAUCCACACCGGGUCUCGCGAGCACCGGGGCAUUCGCAGGUCCCACGUCGCUCACUGUGGAGAGGGUGGAGACGGAGGCCGAUGUGGCUUCAGGUGUGCCCUGGUAUUGGAAGAAUCGAGAUUUGAGCCAGGGAUUUGAUGAGAAGAUCAACUUAUCACCUGGUGACUGCCAAAAAGUGCAAGAGCUCCUGGACCAGACCUUUCAGCACAAAGGCACUCGAGAUCGAAAAGAUCGUCUACCUUCAAGACUGCUGGUGUCGCAGGUGAUCCGGAUGGAACACAGCAGACUCUGGCAACGUUUCGAGAGGAAGAAAAAAGACCUGGCCGCUCGUGUGGGGCGUCCGCCGCUGAUCAGCGAGCUCCCGGGCAGUGGUGCCGUGAAGACGGCGUUGGAGCUGCCGGCUUUCGCGGCGGGACCGGAGCUGCCGGCGUUUUUGAAGGAGAUCACUCGGGAGCUGAAUGAAGCCUUUCUAUUCCAUGGUUCCUCUCCCGGUGGGGCUCUGGGCAUUGGCGAAAAUGGUUUCGACAUCAGUCGUGCUGGUUCAAGCACGGGCUCCAUGUUUGGCGCUGGUGCAUACUUGGCUGAAGCAUCCAGCAAAAGUGAUGAGUAUGCCACGGAAGAUCCCAGCGGUUUGUUUGGGGGAAAGCUGGCCCUUUUGCUUUGUCGCACGCUCUUGGGCAACGUCUUCUAUAUCACGGAGUCAAACCUUCGCAGAAUCCAAGAAGCUUUGGAGACACACAGCUUUGAUAGCAUCCUGGGGGAUCGAGAAGCGGCCAUUGGCACCUAUCGAGAAUUCGUGGUUUGGGAUGAGGCACAGAUCUAUCCCGAGUACGUGGUGAUUUACCAGCGACACUUUGAGUGAGAACGAUCAGGGGUGAGAACUUGGGGUGAUCAUCAAUUGUACUUGGAACACUGGGUGACGGAGAAUACAUGGUCUGUCAGGGGGUCUGAAAAACCACCCAGAGUGGGUGGUCCGGAAGCAGUUGCACCGUGCUUUUGGUGACCUACAAGUUGUGCUCCCGAGUUGGCGUCCGACCGACCAGCAGGUGGCUCUCACAUGGUCCAUGAAGGAGUGGACAAAGCACCCUCCCCAAAAGGGGUAUCGCUCUCAAAAA